GUGAUGGUUGAAGAAAGAUUGAUCGAACUUCACUGAUUGAUUAAUAUGAUAAAAUGGGCGAUGACAAACCCGACCUAAAUCACCGGCGCUAGGCCCCUUCCAGCAACCCCGUCGCCUUCGCGGGUCCGGCCUCGGACAUGACGUUACCCCCGAGUCGCGCAGAACCAAAUGACAGAAGGAUUGGUUAUCUGAUGGAGAGACCCAGCAAAUGACCUUUCCUCAUGAUGAGAACAUCGAUGCAAGUGGUUGGCCGUCCAAGCCAUUUCCCACGGGAAACCGCAGGGGAGUUCCACCGGUGGGAGAACUGGCGGGAUGCAUUCGUUCUAGUUCGUUUCUAGUAUAGAAUCCCGGUUUAGGACCGGUAUUAGUCCUCCCGAUAACCAACGAGGGUCUCGUACAGUCUGAAUUACCAAGCGAACAGAACACCCUUUUACCGGCGCGUUGGUGUAAUUAAUCUCUCUGAUCUGGGGGGAUUUGCCGCCCUCCAUCUGAUAAGACCUUCCUCAUUCGGUUAGGGAAUAACUAUCCCCCGACCAUUUAUCAGCUCAUAUCAAACUUCCCUUUUCUGUUUGAAAAUCCGCAAGCGAUAAUUCGUGCUAUGUACAUUAAGAUAUAAGAAGCGUGGAAAUGGCGGGGAAAAUCUUUGGUCGAUCGUCGGGAUCUGUCAACGCCCCCAUAGCUGCCUUUUCCAUGGCUCUCAUCCUCACCACCUACUGCGUCAGCUCCAUCCGUACCGCGCGCCGUGAAGCGCAGGCACCAAGCACCGCGACACGUCAGAAAUCCGCAGGAGAGAAGACGGAGCAAGUGUCAUGGGUUCAGCAGGCACUAGAGGAAAGUCGCGAAGCUGAGCGGAAAGUGUCGAAGUAACGCAUAUUGUACGGUAUGAUCAAGAGAGUUGCAGUUAGGGCGUAGUUCUACAUGCUGAAGGGCUAUCCUAUUAUUGAGGUAAUACUAUAGGGUACACUAGUGAAAGGUUAGCAGAUGUACAGCCAAAUGCUAAGUCAGAUUUCGCAGUGAUAUCCAUGAUCAGAAUUUUCAGUGUAUGAAAUAGUCCUUUCCAGAGUGUUGACUGGAUCUACCAUUUAUAAAGAAGUAUCAUCAUAUCAUCGGAUAGCAACAGCGGCUUUAGAAAUCCCUCUAGACAUUAUAGAGGGCAAG